CCUUUCUUUAUAUGAUGUCUGUGGCCCAAUUGAGUUCAGAUGGUGGAUGCAGGACUGUGUGUAUGUCUGUCUGUCUAUGUGAGAUGAGCUGGAGUCAUAAGGCUGAGUUGUUCCAAAUGGUUUUAAUCAGCAGCCCAUUCGGGGAGAAUGGAAAACUUCUGUCAGGAUAAGUACUGAGUUGGAUUCUAUUCCUGUAACCUUUAUGAAGAACUCUUUGGAGUGCUCUCUGCCUUUCGGACCUAUGACUUCUUGUUCAGUACCAUGGGGGAGUUCAGCAGCAGGAAUGGGAAGAACUUGAAUUAGUUGUGGAAAAACGCUCCUUUGUCUUUUUUGUGCCGAUGGAAAGUAGCUGCUGCGAAUGUUCCUGUGAUGUGGAAAAGGGCAAAGUGAGAAAGGCGAAGUGGUCAUGGUUUGUGGGCAGAUUCCCUCUUGCCGCAGGCUCUGUCGCCCUCGGCCCUUCCUUCUGGUGCUGGUGGUGGGUGUCUAUCUUUUCUACCAGAUUCUGCCACCUAUACGGACCAAAAGAUUCUUUAUGGCAGUUGAUAAUGGGAGUUCACCAAACAAACUAGCUGAGACACAGCAAGAGAGAUACAAAGAGGUCUCUUCAAGGAACACUCAUUGCUUCCUCCCUUCUAGUAAUUCACAAACAGUGAAUAAGAUUGAAGACUCCAUUCUUAAGUACUUUGGGAGUCAUACAAGAAAAGCAAUUUUGUAUGUUCCUCCUUCCCGUGGUAAAAAAGAACUUCAGCUAUAUCAGCGCAUCCUAGCACAGUACGGAUAUACAGUGACAGUCCUUGAAGACAGGAAACUGACUGUAGGCCUUGGACAUGAGCACCACUACCAAGGCAAAUUAAGCUCUUGGGAUCUUCUGAUUUGCUUAUCUUCCAGUAAAACCGACGAUACAGACUGCUUUCCAAUAGAUGACUUCCAUCAGUUAGAAUUAUUCCAGAAGGUAAAUACACUCCCAGAGAUUCAGCACUUGCUUUGCAGAAAAGAAGGAUUAUGCCAGAUAAUUAGAGCAUUCCCAGGACUGCACCUUCCAAUUUCUUUCCCUGGAUGCUUGGAUCAGCAUGUGCUGUCAAAGACAAUCAUCGCAAGUGGCCCUUCUCAGCCUGUGAAGUCACGUGAGGGUGAUCAAAGGACAAAUUUUGCCCAUCUGUGGUACUUGUGGAACCAGACUAAUAGUGCACAGCUGAGUUCUAUACCAGGUCCAGCCAGCCACAAGGAGCUCUUUAAAGCUCAAGACCUUUCCAUCAUCAUCAAAGCAUAUGUGCUAGUGACAUCCUUAACACCUUUGCGGGCAUUCAUUCAUUCAACUGCCAUUGUCUGGCUUCCUCCCAAGAAGAAGCACUUUUCCGUAAAGCUACAAAGAUUUUUUGAGACAUUCUUCAAAUCCAGUUCCCCUCAACAAGCCUUUGAUAAUAUGAAAGAAACGAUAAGUAAACUCUUACUGGUAGCUGAGGCAUUCACUGAAUCACCCAACGUCGGACCAAAGACCUCCAGUAGAUGCAGUCUAUGUUUUCAAAUGUUAACCUUUGACAUUGGGUUCAACACCUCCACUUAUCCAGUAGUUCUUGAGGUGCAUGAACACUUUGACUUUCAAGUUGAUGACUUGAAUUUUGAGGACCAAACUGUAAAAGAAUUCCUUCUUGAGGAUACGUUCAAGUUUAUCUUGUCUAAUAAGUCUUCAGCUUCCAGUGUCUUUGAGACUUUACAGAACAUUUACAAAUUAGCUAUGAUUAAGGAUGAAAACUACCAGAAGGAAUAUGAACAAUGUCUGUCUUUAGAAGAAAUAAAUUCAAUGAUUCAUUUUAUAAAAGAGCUGAAGAGUAUGGGACAAUUUGAGCUGCUUUUCCCAUCUUCUGUACCCAAGAUUCAAACUUUGCUGCAUGAUGUUUAUCACAUGGUAGACCCGAUGGGAAAGCUUGGGUCAGUCCGGACAGUACACUGGUUUCUUUCCAAUUUACUUGAGCAGUUCCAGUUCAUGAAUAAAGAGGCACGUCCAAAUCUCUCAGGAUGGAAAAUCAAGAAGAGUUCCAGAAACUCAUCUAGGACCAUCAUGAAAUGGUCAAAGCCCAGGAAUUCUUUCCCAGAAAAAGAAGGUGUUAAACAAAGAACUCCUUUCAACGUAAUGAAAAAUCAUAAAGAAUUGCAUUUUUCCAAUGAGACUAGAGAAAAGCAUUGCAGUCAUGAUAAAGAUACCCUAUCUCAUAUCAGGCAGAUCUUCACUAGCCCGCCUUUGGACCUGAAUCCUAAAUUUAAUCCAAAGAUCAAAGAAUACUACACUGAAGUCCCAUUUGAUGUGGUGACAGUGAAGAUUGAAGCAGAACCCUCUAACUGUCAGUGCCAGGUGCACCUUGAUGAGAGGAAAGGACCAAGUGUUUCUAACUACCCCCUCGGCCUGGGAAUUAAUAAAAUCACUAUUCUAGUAACAGAUAACUCGCAUUCCAACUCCGAGGUUGUGAGCAGCUAUAAAAUCACUGUCUAUCGAGAAGACCGCCCAAGUCUGCCUUUGUUUGAGGACUAUAUGGUGUGUGGUUUUGUGCAGGACUGUGGUUCGCUAAUUCAGCUGGAGGAAUCCUGUGGAUUACAGCCUCUGUCUCCUGAGUACCUUUCAGCAAUUUCACAGACACAGUUUAAGACUUGUGAAGCUGGGGACAUAAAAGGGCAGUGGAUUGUGCCUUGCCUCAGCUGUUCUGACAACAGAACCUGUGACUGGCGAGAAAUAACAUGGCAGCCACACAACUGUCAGUAUUCUGUCCUGACUAAGCCAGAGCUCCAGCAAUGUGUAGAAGGCAGAAAGGUUCUUUUUAUUGGAGACUCAACUAACAGAGGGAUAAUGUACUAUUUGAUUGAAAGAGUGAAUGAGACCCUUCAGGAAUGGCAAAAGGCUCAUGACAUUAAAUUUUAUCAUAACAUAAAUGAUGGGAAAACAUUUAUCAGUUACUCCUACUACCCCCAGUUUUGGAUCAAUGUAAACCAGAGGCCAACGUUUGAAAAAGCGCUAGAACAGCUGUUACAAAGAUCACAUCCUCUUGAGAACACAGACCAGACGGUAUUAGUUGUGGGUGGUGUUCAGUGGCUUAAUUCCAAUCACCUGCAAAUUAUUCAAAAGGUGCUGAAGAGGGAAAAUCUAUCAAAUAUCCUGGUAGUUAUCAAAUCCAUAGGAAUGGGCUUUCAUCUACCAGUGGAUGGGAUACAUUCUUUAUCGCAGACUGAAGUGCAAAAUUUAUGGAAUGAAAAUUUGGUUAUUCUGGAUACUGCAAAAAGAUAUGGCUAUGAGGUGGUCGAUACUUUCAUCAUCACAAUGGGACGUUACAAAGAAUUUCUGCAAGGGAAGUGCGGAUGUCAUUUCCAUGAGGUGGUGAAAUCCAAAAUGUCCAAUGAACGUCCUCCCAUUACAAUGAAGCUAUCAAGGCCCUAUACUCUGGGGAAAUAUUUCAACAGCCAAAGCAAACUCUCACAGCUGCAAGACUAUGCAAUGAAUUCUCAGUCACCGUAUCAUGUCAGAGGUCCAAUAAAUCAAGUCUAUUCUGAAAUCCUCCUCAGCAGGAUCUGUGCAAGUAAAAGCAAGGCUACUGACUCAUAGCCUCUAUCAGAUGAAGUUUUAGAGCAGGAGACUUCCUACUUCCUCAAAUGACAAUCCAAGGACCACAUUAAAUUUAUUUACAUGCUUCUCUGAUUGGCUGCACACAUAGCAACACCACUCAAGAUGUGACGCUUUUCCUAAAGCUUUAUGACGUCAAGAUCUGCCCUUUCGGAUCUUAGGUUUCGGAAUGGAAAGAUGGAGAGAUGCACAAAAAAGGGGGUGGGGAAGUUACUUGAAAUAUUGCCAAACACUAGAACAGCUGCAGGGCAAACAACUGUGUACUGUGACAGUAAAGAGAGAGAAAGAUAUACACUUGACGUAUUUGAAAAGGGCAGCUUUAUUUCUUAAGCAAUAGAUAGACUUAUCUAUUUAUAGGUACACACUAUAAAAUUAUUACAUAGAGACAUUCCAUUCCAUUUUAAAAAGCAUUAUU